AUGCUUCGACUCUUGCUUUUCACCUUAACUUGCGUGACUGUAUAUGGAAGUCGUAAUUGUUACAAAUGCGCUUCCACAGAGCUCCAAAGUCGAUGGUUUUUAACAGGUCUUCCAAAAGCUGGAGACAUAUUUGGCGAUUGCCUAUCGCUGGGCAGCUCAACCCCUGUUGAAUCUUGUGAUGGUCCUUGUGUCACUUUGAUGUUUGAUGAUCCUGAUCAAGUAGCCGGAUUCACUCCUCUUAUAGUUAGAGGGUGUCAGGCUACAUUGAUGCAGAUUCAAUCUGAUCGAGGGUCGAACUCAGAAAAAUUCUGCGAAAUCGACAAUUCUUAUAAAAUUGCAAACAGUAAAGGAGUGACAGUGGAAAUAAAAAUGUUGGCUGAAUUCUGCUCUGGUGAUUCAAAUAGAUGUAAUGACAGAAAAAAUUAUGAAAAUUGUUCAUCAGGAAAAGAAGGAAAUAAUCAACUGAUAUCAUGUUAUGACUGUAAUGCAAAACAAGGGAAAAACUGCAAAGAUGGUAAAUGCAAUAAAAAAUAUUGUAUGAAGCAGAAAGCUAAACUUGGAGGCGGAUAUCAAAUUAUUAAAACAUGCUCUAAUGUCAACAUAUUUGGGGUAGACAAUUACUGCUCGUCGGAAGAUGUGCUUCUCACACCUGGUGGAAUCACUUUCCAAACCAGAUACCAACAAUGUUUUUGCAAAGACAAACAGUUUUGCAAUUCGUCAACCUAUUCUUCAUUCUUUCUUUCUUCUAUCUUACUAAUAAUCUCCUUAUUUAUGAAAGAAUAG